UGUCAUCGUAAAGGGGAUCUCCUUCGUGACAUUGCAACAUAUCUUAUGGCUGUUCUAAAACUUUCAAAUUUUUAUUUGUUAUUUUCAUGAUUUUACCAUCUGUGACUGAAUGAACCCACUGAAACGCACGCAGGAACACAAAAUUUGGAUUUUGUUAGGUUAGAGGUGGGCUGUCAUUUAUCAAUCAAUUGGGAUGUUUUUUUGUUUUUUGUGUUUUUUUCACUUUCGUCAUUAACACUGCCCAGGAAACAGAAGUGAGAAGUUGCACCCAGUCGCAAGGGAGUCCAAGGCAAGGGAAUUUAUAUCGAUCGCUUCCUUGUCAAGACAUAAUAUUUCAGGACCAGCAUGGACGUGGAUUAUAUUGAAUAUGAUGAUUACACUCCAGACAAUGAAACUGAGAACAACUUCACGACAAGUGGGACACUGAAUUUCGGUAUUACUCAGACUCCUUUGACUCAUGUUCUGGUGACAGUCAACAUCAUUAUUUCUGUUAUUGGUCUUGGAGGAAAUUCAUUAGUGAUCUGGAUCUGUGGUUGGAAAAUGAAAAGGACAGUAAUCACCACUUGGUACACCAGUCUGGCCAUUUCAGACUUUUUGUUCUGUGCAGUUUUGCCACUGGAAGUAUACUACAUGAUCACCUCACACUGGCCUUUCGGACUGGCCUUGUGCAAGCUCACGUCCUCAGCCCUGUUUCUCAACAUGUACAGCAGCGUUUUUCUGCUGGUUCUGAUCAGCGCUGAUCGCUGUUUGAUGAUUUUAUUUCCUGUGUGGUCACAUAAUCACCGGAGAGUGGGGAAAGCAUUUGUAGUUGUUGUCUUCAUGUGGCUCCUUUCUGCACUCCUAACGUUGCCUUCAUUGAUCUUCAGACAAGUCACAGUUUAUGGCUCAGUCACUCAGUGCUUCACCAGGUACAUGGGCCACUCCAGACACAAAGCGGUAGCACUCACUCGAUUUAUCUGUGGGUUCCUCAUUCCAUUCCUUGUGAUUGUGUUCUGCUGCUUGGUGCUUGGUGUGAAGCUUAGAAGUUUGACCAUUAAGUCAACAAAGCCUUACAAAGUCAUGGUGGCACUCAUCCUGUCUUUUUUCUUCUGCUGGGUCCCCUAUCAUAGUUUUGUUCUUUUAGAACUGGACUUGAAGAAUCACAGCCUGGAAGUGCUUCAAACUGGCCUGAAGGUGGGGGCCACCAUGGCUGCAGCAAACAGCUUCAUAUCCCCAGUUCUCUAUGUGUUCAUUGGUAACGACUUUAAACAAACCCUAAAGCGCUCUUUGACAUCAAGGAUAGAGGAGGCAAUGGCAGAGGAUUUUCGUACAGGUGGUUUCAAUCAAUCAAAGUCUAGGUCAAUGGAGGUUAUCUAAAAUAGACUUAGGUGAUACUGAGACAAUCAUAUGCCAUAUUUAUGUAUAUAGUUGGGUGUACACUCUAUACUGACAAUACAUUAUGUAUCAAUGAUUAAUUUACCAUAAUGAUAAAAAUUUUAUUAAAUAAAAAUAAAAAAUUUAUUUUAAUUCUGUAUCAAAUGAUCACAAUUUCACUUGGACUAUGUUUGGCUAAAUAUGGAUUAGCUACCACUGUUAAUUCUUGUGUCUUUCUACUUCAACUCUUUCACACUCACACAAUAUUUUGUAUCAUUACUCAUGUAUAUGAAUUGCUUGUGUGCUGUUAACCGGCUCUAUGUACCCCAUGAGGGACAAAGUAAUUUGAAUUGAAUCAAAUUUACAAUAUAUUAUAAUUUGGCUGAACUUACUGUGCACUGAAACAUAAAUGAAAUUAAACAUUAUUGUAACUAUAUGAAUUUCUAUUAAAUGUUAGUGAAAAACAUUUUUUAAAGAAACUGAUGUAGAGCUUAUAUUAACAUUUCUGAAAGAAAGUAAAUAAACUGAUGAUGUGGUUGUGCCAUAGUUUUUCUUCCUCCUCAAAGUUCCAUGCAUUUUCAACUUCUCUUUAAUGUAGCCUCACUAGCAAGCAGUACUCAUGUUGUAAUUCAUGCUAAUACAACAGAUCAAACCUGCUCUUAUUAAUAUUUAUAUGUUAACAAUAAAAAUAUUCCAAAAUGCAGCGUGAAAGAAGUGGCCCACAGUAACAAAAUAUAAUCUGGCUGCAGUUCUCAGCUGUACAGAGCUUUUUCUGUGUGUUUUUAGCUCACUCUUUUGGUUUUACAGCUCUAUUCACUCUGUUAAUCCAUCUUGUAGCAACUAGCAGCUGUUUCUGCGAAAACUAUGACUGUCUGUACUAUCUUCUCAACACCGAAAGGCAAAGUUAUUUUUUUUUCAGGAGUUAACAGAGACUAUAACAGAGCUGAAAGUAUAUAGACAUCA